GGUCUUUGCCGUUUCGUAUAAAGUGAGAGAAGUGCCUUCUUUGUCCCAAAUCUUCUCCUUAUAAUUUAUCAAAAAUCGCCGAUCGAUACUGGAGAGGGUUCCAGAGAUAACGACCAUCCGUUCAUCGCCGACGGAGAAAUCGUGGCCGUCCAAUUUAGGCGAAACCCAAUUCGAGCGAUUAUAGAAGAGAAGAGAUGGGGAAGAAGAGAAAAUCUACAGCGACGAGCCUCGAUGAGGUAGAUCGGACUGUUUACGCCUCAUUUCGAACCGCCGCGAACUCUUUAUCUCAGCUUUACACUCAGUCCAUGAACCACCAGAAACUAUCCUUCCAAGCCGGUGAACGCCAUGGUCUGGAAAAACUGUACCAAUGGAUAUGGAGGCAACAAGAAGGAGGAUCAAGAGUGACAACUAUGGAUAUAAUCAAUUAUAUUCAGAACGAGCUCGAAUGCUGCAUAGAGGAGCCCUCAAUGUCCCCGAGAGCGCCACCACCUCAACCAACAAUGCAUGUCACUAAUUCCGGGCUCAUGACCUCUUCAGGCACGUCUUGCCCAACAGCUGUUCCAGUGGUUCGGUCUGAGCAAUGUGAAAAUCAGGCGAAGAACUCGGUUUUCUCAAACGCACUCUCGAGUCCUGUACGCCGCAGUCUUCAGAACUACCAAAUUCCGCAGGGAGGCUACAUAUCUGGCGCAACCAGAAGCAGUGAACUGAACAGGGGAUCUAACUCCCCAGGUUCUAUUGAUUCUUCAAUGGACAUGCAUGCAGACUAAGAACUAAGAUUAUAAUGUAUUCUCGUUUGAUAAUGUUUGCUCUAUACACAACCUGUUUGAUCUUCAUAAUGUGUCAAUUGGUUCCUAUCUUCGAGGUGGUUUGCCGUGGUUGUUUUGUGGUUAGUGUUUCUUAUGUUCACAUGUAAAUCAUUGUGUCUGUGAUACUCUAAUCACUUGUUUAACUCUUUAAUUUCCAUGUUUCAAACUUCUUGAAGAA